CGCAGAGGCAACAAUCACAUGCCAAUGCCAUUGCCCGUCUGUCAGUUUGUUCUGCCUUAAUUGGCCCUAGCCCCCUCCUCCUCCUCCUCCUCCUCGUCAUGUCCUUCCCCAUUGCAUUCUUCAGUUGAGCUCCAGCUUCACUGUAACGAUAACACCACGGUAAUCCCCAGUGUUGCUCACUGCCAUUGUCCAGGGGCAAAGGCUAGCCUUAACUAGCGCACCAUUCCCCAGCCCCAGGCCACACAUGCACCUCUGUAGCCUGCAUUCACUUCCUUGCCUCCCUCCCUCCUCACGCACGCAUUCAGUGGGAGGGAGAGCUGAAUAGUUAGUUUGCCUCAGAUGCGCAGCAGCAUGGCCGAGUGGUACUAGUUGCCUGGCUGCUGCCCUGCACUGUGCGGCUGCUGAUGCAUGCUGCCCUCUUCGCCGGCUAGCUGAUUCUCAACGAGAGGGCCGGGAAGGAAAUAUAGGAUGGUGUGGAAGAGCUGGGGACGGCGGCUGCUGCUCCUCGCGGCGCUCCUCCUCUGCUCCGGCGCUGCGUGGGCUGCCGGCGACGUCUCGCUCAGCUUGACCAGCGCGCCGCCGCGCAUCUCGAGGUCGGCGUCGGCCGUGUUCGCCUUCCAAGCCCUGCAGAGCAGCGGCUGGACCUGCGGGGACUGCACCAUCACCUGCAAGUUGGACGGUGGAAGUGCUUCGGACUGCGGGGGCGGAAGCUCCGGGAACGGGAACGGGACGGAGGUGGUGAGCUACGCAGGGCUCACGGACGGAAACCACACGUUCACAGCGUGCGCCACCCCGCGAUCAGGAAGCGCCAACUCGACGACCUGCGCCUCCUACGCUUGGGAUGUUGACACCAUUCCUCCGACGGCGAGCGUGGCGGCCGAUUCGGGGUUCACGAGCUCGCCCAACGUCUCGGUGCUCGUCUCCUUCAGCGAGCCGUGCCCCGGCGCGGGCGGCUUCACCUGCAACGACACCUACUGCAACCUCAUCGUGUACGGGCCCGGUCGGGUGGAUCCGUCGACCAUGGAGGCCGUGGUGCCGGGCCUGCAGUACUCCGUCUCCGUGGCCGCGUCCCCGGACGUGGUGUACGGGCGGCUGGUCAUAGUCAUGGGCAGGGGGUUCUGCACCGACGAGGCCGGCCACCGCUUCAGGAGGACCUCCAACUCAAGCUUCACUCUACGCUUCGACACGAGGAGCGACUCCAUGAAGAUCACCGGCGCCAUCCCGGAGAAGCUGCUCCAGAUCGAGGGCUCCACCAGGGUGGUCGAAGCCACCAACGACGACAGGGACCUCAGGGUUUACCUCUCCUUCGCAGAGCCGGUGAUGAACUCGUCCGCCGAGAUCCUAGCCGCUCUUACCGCCACCGACGCCGUGCUCACGCCCACCAACCGUAGCACGCUCGGCAAUCGGCGCUUCGGCUACAUCGUGAAUAAAAUAUCGAGCACCGCUGUUGUGACUGUCGCAUGUGACGCCAGUUCUAUAAUCAGCAGACAAGGGACCCCGGUUUAUUCGUCGGAACCAUUCACAUUUCUCUACGAUAGUCAAAGGCCUUCUGUGAAACUCGCGACGUCGACCGUGCGGACAAGUUCGCGCAGCAUCCCGGUCCUCAUCAAGUUUGAAAAGCCCGUGUUUAACUUCAGUUCCUCCGCGGUGCAGGUUUCCGGUGGCAAUCUGUGUAGCUUCCAUGAAGCAAGCAAGAGCAUAUACACAAUGCAUAUCCAGGCAGUUGACAAGCUGGUUUCGGUCCAGGUCGCUGAGAACACAGCUCAGGACGUCGCUGGGAAUCUCAACCUGGCAUCAGACCGCCUCCAAGUCAGACACUAUUCUGUACCUGAAUCCUCAUCAAUCAUCGCCACCAUCGUCACUGUAACAUUCGUGGCAACCGUCAUCGUCGCCACGCUGCUCACCCUUGCCACAUCAUCGCUCAUCGCCUCCGGGGCCAUGUCGAGGCCUUCGUCUUACAGCAUCUCCGAGCCAUCAAGAAACCUUCUGAGGAUGGCAUGCCACAUCCAAGUCUUCGCUCUGUCGAGAUGGCUGUCGAUAAACCUGCCGGUGGAGUACUACGAGCUGGCCAAGGGGAUCGAGUGGACCAUCCCCUACAUCCGGCUUCCAUGGGAAGGCCCCUCUGCGGAUCCGUUCGUAGGGUACUCCACCAUGCCUGCCAUUGCCUACUCGGAGCUGGUGGACAGGAGCGAUGUGGCGUCUGAUCCCUACUCCCCUCGAGCUAUGCCGAUGCAGAUACCGGCGGUAGAUGGGGGACCCGUUUUCCCAACGCAGAUCCCGGCGUUAGAUGGGAGGCCGCUGACCGCCAUGGAGUACCGAUCUUUCUUUCAGAAUCAGGACAUGAAGCCUGAAGCACAGAUUAUCAUGAAGCUGCAAGAUUUGGACGGGUGGAAAUACUUUGGACGAAAUAUGCUGUGGCUGGGCGUGAUUGGGGGAGGUCUGAUCCUGCUGCAUCUUCUCGUCCUCCUCUACAUGAGAUUAAGGUACAGAGGAUCAGGCACGCGAAGCUACGGAGCACUCGUCCUCCCCAGGCUAGAGAUCAUGCUUGCAAUCCUUGCAAUGCCCUGUAUAGCCCAAGCGUCUGCAGCACUCAUCAGGGGUGGCACUGCCGGAGGGCUGGCCGUCGGGAUCGUGCUCAUCAGCGUGUUGACGGCGUUCCUGGUGGCGCUACUGCUGUUCCUGUCGCUGGGGAUCACGACGGGGCGGCUGCUCCAGUACAAGGAGGUGCACCAGGAAGGGCAGGAGUACCGGUGGUACCAGGAGCUCGUCCGGCGGACGCUGGGCCCUGGCAAGCGGGGCCAGUGGACGUGGAAGGACCCGGCCCACGCGGCCCGCCUCGUGAAACUCGGCCCGCUGUUCGAGGACUUGCGCGGCCCGCCCAAGUACAUGCUGACACAGAUCGGCGGCGGGAGCGGGGGGAACGCGGCGGACCAGCGGAUCAUGGCGUCGGAGGACGAGAACGAGGACGCGGAGGCGCCGCUGCUCCAGAAGGUGUUCGGCAUCCUGAGGAUCUACUACACGCUCAUGGAGUCCGUGAAGCGCGUGGCACUGGGCAUCGUGGCGGGCGCCCACGCGUCGUCGGGGCGGUCCUCGCGGGCGCACGCCGUGGCCGUGCUGGCCAUCGCGUCGUUCCAGCUCUUCUUCCUGCUGCUGAAGAAGCCGUUCAUCAGGAAGCGGGCGCAGCUGGUGGAGAUCAUCGCCGUGGCCAGCGAGGUGUUCGUCUUCGCCGCCUGCCUCGUGCUCAUCGACGAGAGUAACGGGCCCGAGGAGGAUCUGGAGAGCGGCGUCGGGGUGGGGCUCGCCAUGCUCGCCGUGUUCGCGCUGGCGUUCGCGGCGCAGGCGUGCAACGAGUGGAACGCGCUGUACCGGCAGGUCCAGUUCCUGAGCCCCGACCGGAGCUCCUUCCUGGAGGGCGCCAAGGCGGCGUCCGUCGGGCUGCUGCUGCUAUUGCUGCCUUCUUCGGCGCUGGGAGACCGCGUGAAGGACCAGCAGCAGUCGCCGCCGCCGGGUGACGGCGCGGGCGGGAUCGCGAUAGCGGGCGCAGGAGGAGGGGAUCUGGUGGGCGAGGCGCAGAGGAAGUCGAACGAGCGGUCGUGGCUUGGGCAGCUACGGGAGAUGGCCAAGGCGAGCUUCAGCAGGGACGGGGCAGGGCCAGGGGAGGACCCGUCGAGCAGCACGGGGUACAGGGGGAAGCGGAGCCGGAGCUCGUCGGUGACGUCGCAGCAGUCUGCCGACGCCAAGGCCAAAGGGGAGUGGAGGCCCAAGUCCAAGGCCCUCUACAAGGAUCUGGAGGCCAUCUUUUCCAACAGGUAGUAAAAGCAGCACGGCUCCCACUGACAGUACUAGGAGUAAAUUGCGAAGAACAAUCACAUCUGAGUAUUUGAGUAGUUGUUAAAGAAAAUCACCUGUUUUGCUAGUUUUUUAAUAGAACAAUCGUGAUUCGUGAAGUUCUUGAAUAUAUCACUGCUUACGUCGA